AUUUUUGAAUUUAUAAUUACAUAGUUUGUGUUUUAAUUAUUUUUAUAAUUGUAGGUUUAAUUAAUCUAACUAUUAAUAAUGACAAUUGAUUUAUAUUAUAACCGAUUCAGUGGUCCAGUGCGGGCCGUGUGGAUGACAGUCAGGCAAUUAAAACUUGACGUUAACUUCAAGCCAAUUGACCUAGCUGUUGGCGAACAAUUAAAACCAGAGUUUCUCGCUUUAAAUCCCUUGCAUAAAGUGCCCACUUUAGUGGACGACGGGUUCGCUCUAUGGGAGAGUCGGGCAAUAAUGCAAUACCUGUGCAACCGAUACGCGCCGGACAGCACUCUCUACCCGAAGGACCCGAAACAGCGCGCUCUAGUGGACAGAUCUCUCAACUUUGACCUCACAUUUUUUAACCAGAUCAUAGAUGUUUUUACACCCAUAUUUUCAGGAAACCAACCUUCGGCCGAUAAAGUAACCUCGUUUAAUAAUAGUCUCAAAAAUUUGGAUCAAGUGCUAAUUAAGCAAAAUAAGUAUCUCGUUGGCGACCAGUUGACUCUGGCCGAUUUGUCGCUACUGGCGUGUUGGGUAUAUGAAAAU